CACAUGGCGGACAAGUGGGAGAAGAGUGUUUCUAUACAAAACUCUGAGAUUGCACACUCAGCCUGUCCAGUGGAGGAGCAGAGGGAGCAGAGCAGCUCUGAACCCAGCGGGAUGGAGAAGGGAGAGAGCAGUGCCAAGACCUCGGAGAACAGGCCACCAGCAGUACAGGGGUCACCCCACAACGGCCAGCCCCCACCCUGCAUGAACCCUGCCUUGAUGAACGCUCCUUGGCAGUACCACUACCAGGAAGACGACUCACCACCUCUUGACCAGGGAUUCCCGCGGCUCACCAAUGAGGUGCGUGCCCCGGAGCUUGUGCACGUGUCCGAGAAGAACCUGUCCGAGAUCGAGAAUGUGCACGGCUACGUGUCCCAUUCCCACAUCUCUCCUCUCAAGGCCAGCCCCGCCCCGAUAAUCGUCAACACAGACACUUUGGAGUCAGUUCCCUACGUUAACGGCACAGAAAUUGAAUAUGAGUUUGAAGAAAUCACUCUAGAGCGGGGUAACUCAGGGUUGGGCUUCAGCAUCGCCGGAGGGACAGAUAACCCACACAUCGGUGACGACCCUGGUAUCUUCAUUACCAAGAUCAUCCCUGGAGGCGCUGCAGCAGAGGAUGGACGGCUGAGAGUAAACGACUGUAUCCUGCGGGUGAAUGACGCAGACGUGUCUGAAGUGUCUCACAGUAAGGCGGUGGAGGCCCUGAAGGUGGCAGGUUCUAUUGUUAGGCUGUACGUGCGGCGCCGCAGGCCCAUGCUAGAGACCAUCAUCGAGAUCAAACUCAUCAAAGGACCAAAAGGGCUUGGCUUCAGUAUUGCAGGUGGAGUUGGAAACCAGCACAUCCCUGGUGACAACAGCAUAUAUGUCACCAAGAUCAUUGAUGGCGGGGCGGCACAGAAGGACUGUCGGCUACAAGUGGGAGACAGACUCUUAAUGGUGAACAACUACAGUCUGGAGGAGGUGUCUCACGAAGAGGCUGUGGCCAUUUUGAAGAACACGUCGGACGUGGUCUACCUAAAGGUGGGAAAGCCCACCAAUGUCUACCUAUCAGAUCCCUAUGGGCCUCCUGAUAUCACACACUCUUUCUCUCCAGCCAUGGAAAAUCAUAUCUCUUCCCCCGUCAACAGCGGCACUCUGGAAUACAAGUCUGGUCUCCCUCCCAUCUCCCCUGCGAGUUACUCCCCCCUCCCUAAGCACUUACUUGGAGAAGAGGAUAUAAACAGAAAUCCCUCGCUUGAUGAUGGGGAGGGUCACAGGUUUGAUUCCCAGCACUUCCAGUUGAGGCCUCCUGAGCCAGUUUACAGCACUGUGAACAAACUAUGUGACAAAGCACCCUCCCCCCGACACUAUUCCCCUGUGGAGUGCGACAAAAGCCUCCUCCACUCCGCCCCCCUCCCAUAUCACUUAAGCCUGUUCCCUGACUCGGACUUCACCAGGGAACCCAGGAAGGUCGUACUCCACAAAGGCUCCACAGGCCUGGGCUUCAACAUCGUGGGCGGCGAAGACGGCGAGGGCAUCUUUGUGUCCUUCAUCCUGGCAGGAGGCCCCGACCUGAGUGGAGAGCUGAGGCGAGGUGACCAGAUCUUAUCGGUAAAUGGUAUCGACCUCCGAGGAGCCACACACGAGCAGGCAGCAGCGGCGCUGAAAGGAGCAGGACAGGUGGUCACCAUCAUCGCCCAGUACAGGCCAGAAGAGUACGGGCGUUUUGAGGCCAAAAUCCAUGACCUGCGGGAACAGAUGAUGAACCACAGCAUGAGCUCCGGGUCGGGAUCCCUGCGAACCAAUCAAAAGAGAUCACUCUAUGUGAGAGCUCUGUUUGACUAUGAGAAGUCAAAGGACAGCGGCCUCCCCAGCCAAGGGCUCAGCUUCAGGUACGGCGACAUCCUCCACGUCAUCAACGCCUCUGAUGAUGAGUGGUGGCAGGCCCGCCGUGUCACCCCGCACGGGGACAGUGAGGAAAUGGGUGUCAUCCCCAGCAAGAGACGGGUGGAGAGGAAAGAGCGAGCGCGUCUAAAGACUGUGAAAUUCAAUGCCAAGCCAGGGUCAUUCGAUUCAAAAGGGUCAUUCAAUGACAAACGUAAAAAGAAUUUCAUCUUUACACGAAAGUUCCCAUUCUACAAGAACAAAGAGGGUGAGCAGGAUGGCAGUGAUUCGGACCGGAGUCAAGAGGACGUGAUUCUCUCAUAUGAACCUGUGAUGCGGCAGGAAAUUAAUUAUGCCAGACCAGUGAUAAUCCUGGGACCGAUGAAGGACAGAAUCAAUGAUGAUCUGAUAUCAGAAUUCCCAGACAAGUUUGGGUCUUGUGUGCCACAUACCACUCGGCCAAAGAGGGACUACGAGGUGGACGGGCGAGACUAUCACUUUGUGAUGUCCAGAGAGCAGAUGGAGAAGGACAUCCAAGAGCACAAGUUCAUCGAGGCGGGACAGUACAAUGAUAAUCUGUAUGGAACGAGUGUACAGUCUGUGAAAUACGUGGCUGAAAGGGGUAAACACUGCAUUCUGGAUGUGUCUGGAAAUGCCAUUAAACGACUACAAGUAGCACAACUCUACCCCAUCGCCAUCUUCAUCAAACCUAAGUCUAUUGAUUCAUUAAUGGACAUGAAUAAGAGACUGACAGAGGAACAAGCCAAGAAAACGUUUGACAGGGCGAUGAAGCUGGAGCAGGAGUUUGGGGAGUUCUUUACAGCCCUGGUUCAAGGAGACACGUUAGAGGACAUUUAUAACCACUGCAAACAGGUCAUAGAAGAACAUUCAGGACCCUAUAUCUGGAUCCCCUCAAAGGAGAAACUAUAAUAACUCAUCACCCUGGAAGGGAUUCCGGACUGCUAGAAACUAGUAAUAAGGUGUAACAUAUGAUAACUGUAUGGCGAUGAAUAGUCUACAUGAAUAAUUAUUGUGUAUAUGUUUUUAUUUUUUUCACUUUUGUUUGGUUAUUGCUUCUUUUUUUCACUCAACAUGAAUGUUCCUGAAUGUAUUCCACAAAGUGUUAGGAAAUUUUAGGUCUUGAGUUAUGAACCGUUUGUAUAUUUGUUGAAUUUUUAUUUAAACAAAAAGGAACAGAAAUGUAAUUAAAUCUAAAUAAAUGUUGGGUAUAAGUCCACAUCAGCACUGUGUGGAAUUUCAAACAGGAAACCGGAGAUGGCAGUGCAGGUGUCUUUGCUUCGCCAACAUAUAAAAAGGAAAGUAGGUAUUCCAACUGACGCCCUCACCCUCCCUCCAUACUGCAACGACGAGCAAAUAAUCGUAUGAACUUUAAUGUUUUGUCUUAUUUUGCAUCUAUGCAUCCCCUGAACACGGCUUCGCUUUGUGUUUGUUUACAUCGUCACUUUUUCCUUCAAUUCUUAUAUUUAUUUCUCUGACGUGACACUGAGGGCAAGUAAGGAAAAUGUUGGAUUCACUGUAAGAUUUUCAUGUGUUUUUUUAUUAUUAUUUAAAAGCAGACAUCCAGCUGUGCACUGACAAUGAUUGAAGGGAGAAAGCUGCUAUUGGAGAUGUAACACUAUAUUUUGCUACUUAAAUUGCGAGGGGGCACAAAAGCACAGAAUUAUUUGUUAUUGAAUAUACUACUGAUUAAAAGCUCAUUUAUGGAGCAUAUUUUAUUUGAAUGAUGUUGUGACUGUGUUAGGAUGGAUGGUAACAUUAUGGUAAAUGAGACGUUUGAUGUUCACAGUAUUUUGUAGAUUUAGAGCGAAAAGGAGGGUCAAAGUAGUGAUUAAGUUGAACACUGAAACGCAUUUUUUUGUCAUCUGAAACUAACAGCAGGACAAUGAAGAACAGGGAUAAAAUAAAGGACCAAUAGUUUUUGAAAUUGUAAAAAUAUCUGGCAGACAAAGACAAAAACUGAUUUUACAAACUGCAGUUAAGCAUCCGAUAUUGAUAUUAACAUUAUAAUUAACAAAUUAACUAUAGCAACUCUUCAGUCUUUCAACCUUUUCUUUGAGACAAUACUGACUCAGAUAGCUUGUUCUCCUCGGGCAGGCUGUUCCUCAGUCUUAAUGAGAAAGUUUUGGCUAUUUUGAUUGGAUUUUUAGCUUGGGAAGACCCAACACACACUCUGACCCAGUGACCUGACACUGUUCUUCAGUUCUUACACAAUUUCUGUACAAUAUCUUAUUGUUUCCCUUUUCCUCUUCACAAAGUAACACAAACUAGAAAUUUUGUACUAAAAAGACUAACUGGAAGAUAAUCGUGAUUUGUCCAAUUCUGAAAGCUGUGGUCUAAUAUUAGUUAGCUGUGGAUUGAGAGGUGGCACGAUUGGGCCCUCCUCCCAGCCCUGCCCAUUUUCAAGACUUUUUCCAUGUUCCAUGGAGGACACACUCAAGCCAAAACUGGGGGGUGUAGUUACUUUUUAAUCAUUUCAAUGUAACCAACUGAAUUACUGACAUACAGAUGGUCAUUUUGUGGUUGAAGUAUUAUUUAAGACCAACAGAAAAAUUGUGAAUGCACCCUUUAGUUAUUAAAUAUGAAAAUAUUAACAUCCAGACAUACUGAUUAUGGACACAAAUUACAGCAGUCAUUGGUUUCCCCAGCUGCAUACACUAAUACUGAUCUUCUCUAAGAUGCCAUGAGUCAAUUGUAUACUUACUUAUUAUGGGGUUCCUCUUAGCUGGAGAAAUCACGACUAACCAACCCAUUUAAUUGGCUCCCAAGCCAGAUCUGUUCCUAAAACCACUAAAAAUACCUUUAGAAGUUCAACAGAACACCUGCUGGGAAAACAUGAACUAUCCUGAAUCAGCCACAGAGAACAAGGAAGCUUGAAUUAAGCUAUCUCAGAUUUUUUACCGUUGUGGAUGAGCCCUGAGGUCCUGAGCAGAUGCUUACCUGUCCCAGCACGAUCCAGUAUAUCCACUAUACAUAGUUUACUCACCAGUGGCUUGCCUUGUUUGAAGGGACAUACAAUAUAGUACCUCGCUUUGUUAACAAGAAUAAAAAAUAAAAAUUCAUUAUGUACUUAAAGCACUUGGAAUGACUAAUGCAUCUACCAGUGUAAUAACCUUCCUGUUCUGUUCAUCCGCAAUGCCAUUGGUCAUUAGAUUCCCAUUACAAUGAUUUGUGAGUGAUAUCCUGUAUAUUCUAGUAUUUCUCUUUGGUGUAGACAGCAUGUUUUACCCAACCUGUUAUCAAGUACAUAUAGUAGUUACAUUGAAUGCAGGUAUGUUUCUAAUCAAUGGGACAUUUCAAAAGUGCACUUAUUCAUUGUUUUUAGUUACAAAAAUAGGCACUGUAAGAUAACUAAUGAAGACAAUUUUUAAAAGCAGAUACAAAUCAAACCCGCUGAUUAUUGUUUAAGAUGGUAUUGUGAAAUCUAAGAAGACUGACCUGUUUGUAUUGACCACAUACUGUACCUGUAGUAGACUGGUAAGCACUUAAAUUACACCUUAUUUCUAUGAUGAAUGGGUUCUUUGAAGAUGAAAAUGUUUUUAUGUACAGAUAGGAUCAUAUUUCUCUUGUCCCUAGUCAUGGCUGAUGGAAUAACAUAUUUUCAGCCCUGAUAUGUGAAGAUCAACACUUCCUUUUAUUGUUUUUUUUUUUUUUGUUUCAAGAUAUCUGCCAUCAUUCUUUUGCAAAUGUUCCAUAACGUAUUGGUCACCACUUGCCUUAACAGAGUAGGUUUACUGUAUAUCAGAGAUGAGAGCUUAUAAAUGUACUUUUCCUUUAAGAAUAGAACGUUUUAUUUAAUCCUCCGUCACAUCAAAACUUAAGUGAAAGAAUCAGAACUAAAGUAUAUGCCAUUAUACUGAGGGUGUAUAUUGGUGGUAGUGGUAUUUUAUAUUUUGUAAUUUUAUCUUGAAAAAUUCUGUGGCAACAAGAAAAAUAGUGAUUUAAGAGACACCUCAAUAAUUUAAUCCUUGUUUUUAAAAUUGGCCAGCAAUAUGAUGACAUGUCAAAAAAAAUGGUUCUUCAUAUACUGGCUCGGCACUAAUGCUAAAAUCUAAUACCGUACUUUUAAAGACAUUGUGAACAUUGUAAGACCUUUAGAGGGCAGUGGGGAUUUUUGUGUGGAAAUGUAAAAGGAUGUCUGACCUAUGCAUGUUGCAACAAGUCUUCUGUUUCCUGUGGAUGUGCAAUAUUCAACACAACUGAAGCAUUGAGGUUUUUGCUGUGUUUAAGACAUGCUCAAACUGCAGAUUUCGAUCGUCCAAUCAGACUUGUGUCUAUUUUAAACUCAAAUAAAAACACUGUU